AUGCUCAACGAUUGCAAGCCCGAAGAUAUCAUCGAUGAUAAGGAUUCGACGACUCCGCCAUUUACCCGGGAAGGGCUCAUUCAAAUCAUCAACGAGGUCUUUGAGCGAAACAUCGGCCACACGACCUAUGACGUCGAGAAAUCGGAGUCGUGGAAUACCAAAUGUGUUGAAGAGAUCACCUACGAAUUGGUCAAGCAUCAAGGGCCCUACAAGUACAUCGUGGCCUCGGCACUCUUGCAAACUGGCAAUGGAUCGGGCCUCAAUGUCUCGACGGUGUCAUUCUGGAAUAAAAAAACUGACUCGCCUAUUAAAGUGUUCAUCUCUUCAAGACGUAUCGUUCCUAUGGGUCAACUACUUCAAUUCAUCACCACGACACGCUGCAUA